AUGUGCGGCAUCAUCGCGUUGAUGCUCGCAAACAGGUUCGAGCACUGCAACCAGGGACUCUACGACGGACUUACUGUACUGCAGCACCGAGGCCAAGACGCAGCUGGGAUCAUGACGUGUGAGAAGAAGCGCCUGUUCCUACGUAAGGACAAUGGCCUUGUGCGGGACGUGUUCAAGCAGAACCACAUGCUGAAUCUGCGUGGCAACAUGGGCAUUGGCCACUGCCGCUACCCGACAGCAGGCUCAAGCUCGAGCUCGGAGGCUCAGCCGUUCUAUACCAACUCACCGUAUGGUGUGGCACUCGCGCACAAUGGCAACUUGACCAACUCGCACGAGCUUGUGGACCAGCUGGCCAACACGAACUUUCGUCACGUAAAUACGGACUCGGACUCGGAGCUGCUACUCAAUAUUCUGGCUGACGAGCUCCUCAGGCGCGUCGACCAGCCGCUGGACACGGAGAUGGUGCUAGAUGCUGUUACUGGCGUGUUUAAGCGCUGCCGCGGUGGCUACGCGGCAGUGGUGCUGAUUAAUGGCUUUGGCAUUGUCGCCUUCCGCGACGCGCACGGAAUCCGUCCUCUCGUGUAUGGCACGCGUAAGAGCCAGUAUGGUAGCGACUACGUCGUGGCUUCAGAAAGUGUAGCAAUUGACACGCUGGAGUUCAAGACCGAGCGCGACUUUGCACCGGGGGAAGCCAUGGUGAUCAAGCAAAGUGGAGAAAUGACCACUCGGAAGUGCAUCGCUGGUGCCAAGCUGUCACCGUGCAUCUUUGAGCAUGUCUACUUUGCCCGUCCCGACUCGUUCAUCGACGGUGUCUCGGUGUACCAGGCUCGUCGCAAUAUGGGAGCCAAGCUCGCGGAGAAGAUAUUGCGUGAGCGCCCGAAUCACGGUAUUGACGUGGUAAUUCCCAUUCCUGACACAAGCCGCACGUCAGCGCUUGAGGCGUCGCAGAAAAUGAACAUUCCGUAUCGCGAAGGGUUUGUCAAGAACCGAUACAUUGCACGUACCUUCAUCAUGCCGGGCCAGGUUGCACGUAAGAAAACCGUGCGCAUGAAAUUGAACGCUAUCCGCUCCGAGUUUGAGGGCAAGGUCGUGCUGCUCGUGGACGAUUCGAUUGUGCGCGGCACCACCUCGCGUCAGAUUGUGCAGAUUGCGCGUGAGAAUGGUGCUAAGGCCGUGUACUUUGCGUCGGCAGCUCCGGCCAUCCGGCAUCCCAAUGUCUACGGCAUUGACAUGCCGACGACGGAGGAGCUUAUCGCGUUUAACAAAACCGCGGCUCAGGUGGCCAAGGAGAUUGGCUGCGAGUGGAUGGUUUUUCAGGAACUGAAGGACUUGGAGGAUUCCGUGCGACAGGAGAACGCGGCGCUCGCGGAUUUCGACUCAUCGUGCUUUAACGGCGUGUACGUUACGGGCGACGUGAACGAAGCUUACUUCGAGCGAUUGCACGCUGAACGCUGCGACGAGCGUAUGCAGACGAAAAAUAUGGGUUUCACGCCUUUCAACCGCACUCAGUCUGACGAGAGCAUCGACAUGUACAACGCGCCGCAGUGA